AUGACAGAAAGAGAGCUAAACAUUAACAGUGAUGAUGAUGGAGAUCGGUUGUAUAUCGAUGAAAGUGUUACAGAUAUUGAACAUCAUAAAUACUUUUCUCAAUAUUCACAUAAGACAACUACAACAGAAAAUCCGUUUACGCUCGAUUUAAAUGUUCUCUCAAGUAAAUAUAGAGUUCGAGCUAGUCAAACAGUGUUAAUAACUUGUAAUGUACUGCAUAAACGUCAACGAUCAUCACAAUGUAAUCCAAGAUAUUAUGCAACACAUACAAAAGAAACAAGUACAACAACGGACAUUGAAGAUGAUAAAAAAUCAUCACAAUCAGAUAUUAUUUGUAUUAGUGACAAUUUAUCGAUGACAAACCAGUAA